AUGGUAUAUGAGUUCUAUGCUAAUCUGUUCACCUCUGAACCUUGUACCUCAUUAGAUGCAGUGCUUCAAGCAAUUCCUUCUAAAGUGAAUGAAGAAAUCAAUGAAGCUCUUUGUCGAGAAUAUACAAAUGAAGAAAUCAAGACCGCACUCUUCCAAAUGGGGCCCAUCAAGGCCCCUGGACCUGACGGCUUCCCUGCUCUUUUUUACCAAAAACAUUGGAAGCUGUUAGAAGAGGAUGUUUGUGCUGCAGUGAAGGGUUUUCUUUUGGGAACGGAAAUUCCAGAAGGCUUCAGCGAUUCGAGUGCUUUUGUGCCAGGAAGACUAAUUACUGAUAAUGUGCUUAUAGCUUAUGAAUGUAUCCAUACAAUAAGAAAGCAGAAAGUCAAACACCCAUUCUUUGCACUCAAAAUUGAUAUGACAAAGGCUUAUGAUAGGGUGGAGUGGAACUACCUCAAGGGUGUUUUAUUGAAAAUGGGUUUCAAUGAUAAAUGGGUCGAGACGGUUAUGAGAUGUGUAACCUGUGUGAAAUAUGCGCAAAAGGAAGCUUCUAGUGAAUUAAAAGGAAUCCGCAAUGGUAGAAAUGGCCCUCCUAUUUCUCAUCUCCUGUUUGCUGAUGACAGCGUGUUCUUUACCAGAGAAGAUGAUAGGAGUAUUGAUACUCUAAAAUCAGCUCUUCAAACAUAUUGCGAAGGGUCUGGACAGAAGAUCAACACUCAGAAAUCAUCUAUAUUCUUUGGCACCCACUGCAAUGAGCAAAUAAAGGAAAGGUUGGCCACUGUACGUGCAGAUGUUGCUGAACCUGAAGAAAAUACACUGAAGCCCGACAACGGAGGCAACUGGAGGCCGAGGCAGCCUGAUGGUGACUCUCAAACCGGUGAAGGCGCGCGGGGAUGGCAGCAGCUCGGGGCUGUGGUGAACCGGCGCGCGGGGAGCAGCGGUAACGAGUUAACAAGGCGGCAGUAG